AACGUAGCUGAUUGAAUCAUUUCAGUUUCCGUAGUUUUCUUCGUACCGCAAUUGUAAUUUUAUCAGCUUCAUAAUAUUAGGAACUAACAUUUUUAAAUUCACAUUUUUAUUUGUAUUUGGUGAAAAAUGGAGUUUCAAGAUAAUCAGAAUAUAGAAAAUAUGACAAUUCAAGAUACUUGCGAUACCACUCACGUAACUGAUGUUGAGAGCCUAUCGGAUAUGUUUGAUUUUGGAUUUAAAAUGUAUGACAGUAUUGAUAAAAUCGAAAAAUCAAUAAACACCCCUGAAGUGCAGUCUACUUAUAGGCGCAUUAUAGCAAUAUUUGAAAAUGCGACUCAGCUGGUAUCUUUAGCCAACAUAUUUAGUGAUAAUGAAUGUUUUGAAGAAGUAGCUACGGAUAAUUUAAAAUAUUUCUUAUUACCAGCGCUGCUAGGAAGUCUUUCAACAAAAAUCACUGAUUUUAAAAAUCGCUUAAGCAAUUUAAGUGCAGCAGAAAUUUAUUUCAUUGAUUUCUUGAAAAGGUUAAAGUCAUACCAACUUAAUGAUAUAAACUUUUCAAAAUUAGAAAAUUGUCAAAACAAUGAAGAUGAACAAGAAUCACGCAGAAUCUCUAAUUUGGAAUGUAUUACCCACAUGGUCAGUACAAGAAACGAAAAAGUAGAGCGGUAUAAGUAUCAAAAAGAACUGGAAAAAAAAUUAGCUUUAUUAAAAAAAGCUUUAGAUGAUCCUUGCACUGAUGAAGAGUCUAAAAGGGAAUACUUUAUUACCCUUCUUAAAAUAUUUGCUAAUAAAGCCAUUGAUGAACUAAAUUUGAUAGCUUCUGAAAAAACUAUUAUACAACAUAAAGCAAAAACUGAAAAUGAUUCUACUAUGGUUAAAAAUUAUAACAGAAAACCAAGUGAUUCAUCAAAUAAUUUUAAAACCGUCAUUAUUACUCGUAACGCUAUGCAAAAAAAAGUUUAUGGUGUUGGUUACCCAAGUCUUCCUGUUAUGAGUGUUGAAGAGUUUUAUGAUAAAAAAAUUAAAGAUGGAGAAUGGGCAAAACAAGAGUGCUUGCCUUCUUCCAGUACUUCUCAAGAAUCAGCUGGUAUUAUUCUUGACGAAUGCUCAAAAAAAGAUAAGGAGGAUGAAGAAAAUGAAGAAAAAAUAGAAAAAGAUGAUUUUGUUUCGUUAGAACGAACUAGAAGAACCGAUGAAUACAAAGAUGUUUAUCGUCGAGGAUGGGGUAACCGACAUAAUAGAAGUUAAACAGACAACAAGAAGAGCAGCAAACAUAUUGUAAAAGCAUGUAUACUGAAAGUAUCAAUACAUGAAUUUUAUCUCUUAAUCAUAAGUUAUUGUUAAAAGUAUAUUUUUCUUACGAGCGCCAUCUGCUUGUAAGCUGUUACGUUAAUGUUUUGAUGAUUAUUAUUGAAUUAUCUUUUAUUAUUUAUUCCUCUAUAUGCAUAUUAGCAUAUGAGAAUGUGCACAUUCACUUGUACGAAUAAGCAGGGCUCAAUUGUAUGUAAUAAAGUGUGCU